CUCACGCGUCCCACGCCCGCCUACGACAGAGUCCCGCGCGCACCCCGAGAGGAACCCGCGCGCACACCGGGCCCCGGGUGUUCCACGGCCCGCGCGGAAGCGGUCUGCGGGCCUCGCAGGCGCUGGGGUCCCGGGGUCUGCGGGCGGGAAGCCGGGAUGCCGGAGGGGCCGUCUGUGAGGAAGUUUCACCAUCUGGUCUCCCCCUUCGUGGGGCAGCAGGUGGUCAAGACAGGGGGCAGCAGUAAGAAGCUGAACCCUGCUGGCUUCCAGUCCUUGUGGCUGCAGGACACCCAGGUCCAUGGAAAGAAAUUAUUCCUUAGAUUUGAUCCAGAUGAAGAGAUUGUGUCCCCUGGCAACAACCCACUGUCAGAGCCUCUACAAAAAGAGUGGAAGGAAGAGGCCGGGCACCACCAGGAAGUCUCUGACCAGUCCUCCCGGUCCCCAGGAGGAGACGAUGCUGUCCCCAGUGGAGAUGAUGGUCUGCAGUGUUUGUGGGGAGACACCCCUGCAGGAGGUGCCGAGAGGUGGCUGCAGGUCAGCUUUGGUUUGUUUGGCAGCAUAUGGGUGAACGAGUUCUCCAGAGCGAAGAAAGCAAACAAGAGGGGUGACUGGAGGGACCCUGUUCCAAGGCUGGUCCUGCACUUCGGCGGGGGCGGCUUCUUGGCCUUCUAUAACUGUCAGAUGGUGUGGAGCUCCUCUUCCCCAGUGGUCAGACCCACCUCUGACAUCUUGUCGGAAAAGUUCCAUCGAGGACAGGCCCUGGAAGCUCUGGGCCGGGAGCAGCCCGUCUGCUAUACGCUGUUGGACCAGAGAUACUUCUCAGGCUUAGGGAACAUCAUUAAGAACGAGGCCCUGUUCAGAGCUGGGAUCCACCCGCUUUCUCCCGGCUCGCUCCUGGGUCUUCCACGCCUCGAGGCCCUGGUGGACCAUGUGGUGGCCUUCAGUGCAGGCUGGCUGCAGGGCAAGUUCCAGGGCAGACAGCAGCACACACAGAUCUACCAGAAGGAGUGGUGCCCCGCCGGGCACCGGGUUGUGAAGGAGGCACUGGGGCCUCCGGGGGGCUUCCGGAGGCUCACGUGGUGGUGCCCCCGGUGCCAGCCCAGGCUGUCGCCGGACGAGCCGGAGCAGGUGCAGCCCUCGUAGGGUGCCCGGGCCUCUCUACACAGAGCCUUGCCCUUGAGGGGCCGUGAUGCCUGAGUGUCUCCGAAGGGGUUGCGGGCAGACUUUGGGGCUGGGGACAGGAGUUGGGGGCUGGGGUCGGCAUGCCAGUACCGUUGGUUUCCAUUUCACUGGAGUUCAGGCUGAGGCAGUUUCCACAGGGUCCGAUUUUGUUCUUUUCUAGUUUUGGUUAAUUCUUCCUAUCUGAUUCCACCACUGUUGACAGAUGAGGCAAAUCGUGGUGGCAGUUAAGGGGAAACCUCCCGGAAUGACAGUGGGGCAACGGAAACGAGAGCCAGUGGCAGAGAGCUGUGCCAGCAUUGCUUUGCAGGGGUUUGGUUUGGUUUGGUUUGGUUUUGGUUUUGAAACAUUGGCUGGUGUUAAGACCCUCCAUUUGAGAACCAGGAAAAGGGAAUGAUCUUUCUUGGUUCCCCGAGAGGGAUCCAGGGAUUAGGAGGGAGUAACAGGAGAGUGUUGCUCGGAUUCAGCCUCCUGCCUGAGCCCUUCCCAUGGGACGGAGAUGCCAGGAGAAGGAGGGGAAACGGGGGGACCAGGGAGCUGGCCGCCUUCCCGGUGUGUCCAUGGGCUUUAGAAAAGAGCGACUUGUUUCCUCCCCAAGGUGAUGUGUUUGUGACAGUUGAUGUGCUCAACAGUGUCUGAAUCCAGGUUGUUAGCAAAACCUAGAAGAAACCAGGACAUGAAAAUAAAGCUCUUGGUUACUUUGUGUUGUCAUCUUUAUUUGGCAGUAAAGGUUCUUUCACUGUACAUAACUGAGCUCUUUGUGAAGGUGCCAUUUAGGACUUGUUGGGUUGGUCGGAUGGAUCCAUUUAAAAAGAGCAGGGCGAGGAGAAGGGUGAACAUGCACCCUUAUACUUGUCUGUCUUGAGUCCCUGGUUGUUGUCCACGGCAGGGAAAGCCACCUUAUGGCAAGCAUUAGCUCAGGGCCAAGACGGUACCCAGACAGGCCAUUUCCCAUAAGUCAGCAUCUGUCAGGGUCUGGAGUACAAGACGGGGGUGGGCUGGACAGGCAUCACAGCCUGCAUGCAGGUGGACACCCACUGCGAUUGGUAGAAAAGGGUAAAUGCUGUUGCAGUUGCUGAGAAAAGCAGCGACAGGACUAGAAACAGCCGUGGGUGUGGAAAGAAGAGAUGGGAGGGUCACCAUGGUGAUGGGCUUGUACAUGUCAGCUGGCUGGAUGUGUAAACGAGGGAGGGAGUGGGCUGAGAGCUGGAGGAAGCUGCCCCCACCUCGCCAUUGAGACAGAGAGUCACGGGAGCUGAGCAGGUUCCGUGAGGAGACAGUCAGACCCUGUGUGCUGAGCUUGAAGCACCUGUACCUAAGUGGGGUCACAACACAGCCAGGAAGUGGGCCAGGCUCCCCGCAAGUGCAAGCUUGCAGUUAUGGAUUUGGGAGCUUUCCUCAGAGCUGAGGGUCGGUUCGAGAAGGUUAACAAGGCGAUCAUGUGGCAUGAGAAGGAUGGAGGUCACAGGAACCUUUAGAAGGUCUUUUGUUCAAGGGGCAAGAGAAGACAAGCCAAUGGAAGUUCAGGUAAAACAGGAGGAAGGAACUUCGGGGACAGCUAGUGGUGCACAUGUCGGAGAAGAGGCCUUCGAGCUUGACGGUUGGUCGAAUUUGA